AAAAAUCAAGUAAGCUUGAGAUGUAAUUUACCAUUUUCUACUUACAUGUUUAUUUUAGAGUCCAUGUUGUACAGAACCAUGGUUUGUUCCAAACAUUUGCCUAUACUAACAAGACGAGAACUGAUUCAGCAAAAAAUAAAAGAUAUGAAAGCUGGUGAAAUAGUGACUGAUGAGGAAUAUUUAGACAUGCUUCAAUUAGAAAAUGAAGGUGACGACAAUUCCUUGAAAAUAAUGCUCACUAAAUCUACUGAGCCCAAUAACGUCAAAUGUUUAUGGAAAUUUGACUCAUAUGGUCUGGAUGAAUUGCAACUCCAAGGAAAUAAAGAUCCUUUGAACAGCAUUGUCUUUGAUCCUAUGCACAUUGAUUUUAUGACUGGCAUUCCGCUUCCGCAUUUAUCCUACAUCCUCAAACUCUUCCCAUUCUGUAUGAUCUACCCAUAUCACAUGGCACGAGGCAUGCUCAUAUUUCCACAUAUGUAUGUUCAUUGAACUGGAUGUUUUGCAGACGGAAACAAUCUUAUUUUGAAAGACAUUGGCAGAAAUCUAACGAAGCAACAAUUUUACUUUAGGUAUCGAAGAAAGCGUGUUGGACACGUUGUUCUUACUCCAAGAAACAAAUCUGUUCUACACACUGAUGUUAGUGAAGGUCAAUCAACCUCAGUGACGAAUAUUUAUGCUGAUUCAGCAGAAUCUCACCCUGGAUAUUGUCGCUUACAAUUACCACCAAAUACCAUAAUCAAUGAAAAUAAUAUUGUUCAGAGAGACUCCAAAAAGUUUCUUAAAGGGGUAGAGCUAAAUGUUUCCAUGUCCUUACCAAAGGAUGUCAAGGUCAAGUAUAAAGGACUUAUCUGUGAGACAUUCCCAACCUUAGCACAGGAAUGGAGGGUCCGUGAAAGAAAAUAUACAUUUCCCUCUCCCCAACUAAUUCAAGAUAUUCUUCAAACCGGAUGCACGUUAAUUAAAAAAGCACAUCGCCAUAGCAAAGAACCAGACAUAGAAUGGAAAUACAAUUUUUCAAUGGCUGAACAUGUCAUUUUUACAGAAGGUCUGACUUAUUCUCAAUUGCAUGGGUUUCGCGUACUUAAGGUAUUAGUUGAUAAUGUAGCAUUUCAACUGACAAAGCAGUUAAAAAAUAAACAUUUAAAAGCUGUAUAUUUGACUGCCCUGGAAGACAUUCCUUGCGACGCCUGGGAAACAAAUUUUAGUGGAAGCAUUUUAUUUGUAAUAACUGCACUGAUAGCCUGUUUAAAGGCAAGAUUCCUUCCACAUUAUUUCAUUCCAACUAACAAUCUUAUAGACUGUUUUUCUGAGACAGAGAUUGAAGCUGUUUGCGUCAAUGUUCAAUGUCUCCGCUUGUUUCCACUGAUAGUUAUUCAAAACAUUGUAGAAAGUCAUGGCUAUGAUUAUGCACCAAAGCUCAUUAAUAUGGUAUUCGAAAAUUGCAAAUCCUUUGCUCGCACAAAGGAUAUUACAACCGUAUUUACGAAUGCGUUCAUUCCUGGAACUGUGCGAUCAGUGAAAGUCAUGACAAGACUGGGAUUCUAUGAAACUGCGUUUCAACUACUUCGAUAUGUUCAUGAGCAAAUGCUUCUAAUGCCGAUGAUAGAUGACUGUCACGAAAAACCAAGUUUCAUGGAAUUAUUCCUUGUUUCUUUGAAAAAAUUGCAUCAAAAAUCAUCACGAAUUAUUCUUGCAAAACUGUUCGACAUACGUUUCAAAACUGCUAUCUUGAAUGAAUAUAUCAUCAGUGAGGAAUUCUUUGCAAAAGACAUCCUGCCGUGGAAGAUGGAUUAUAGAAUUGAAUACACAAAAAUUCCAGAGAAUAAGGCAACGGAUUUUCUAUCUCUAGGAGAUAUAUUUGAAUCGUUGAGCCAAAGAGAAUUCGACAAGCGAAAUGCAACGUUAGCUGGAUUGGCCCUCGAAACGGCAAUAACAUGCACUGAAGAGGCAAUGAAAAUGGAUUCAUUAUCUAUCGAUGAACUAACGGAUGAUUCUUUGAAAAAAGAAAUACUGUCUGAAAGGGAGAACAUAGAAAGGGAAUUAAAGAUGAAGCUCAAGGAAUGCUACAUUCAAUUAUAUGCCAUUUCAAAACUGUAUAACAAACUUUGGCCAUUACAAAACCAUAUGGAUGCCAUUGAAAAUCUUUGUGAAGAGUUUCCAGAAAUGACACCCAUUGUCUGUAAUAUGUUCAGGUUUAUAGGACGAGAAAACAAAGUCAAAGAAUAUACAGCCAAAUGUAGUUUGUUACUUAAAGAGAGAGGGGGUGUGAAUAAUUUAGAGUACAAUUUUUAUUAA